AUGUCGAACACUGUUCAGGACUACCAGCUUGCAGCUUUAGCUGCUGGCUUCACCAUUGGCUUUGGUUUCUUGACAGUCUGGGAGGCUGUCAAGCAAACACGGCGGAAUCGCAACCCGCUCAGGUCGGGGUACAUCUACAUGGUUUGGGGAGAGGUCCUGGCGAACAUCGGUAUUGGAGUUAUUGGGUGGCUAUUUCUUAAUGGGAGAUUGGGACCAACCAUCCCGGUGCUGUUCUGCAUUCUCCUCUUCUGGGUGUUCGAGAUCCAACUUCUGAUGCAAAUCAUCAUAAAUCGUAUCGCACUCAUUGCUGAGCACCGCAGCACAGUUCGCAACCUGAAAUGGGGCACAGUUAUCCUCAUCACCGCUAUCAACAUUGCCGUCUUCUGUAUCUGGAUUCCUGCGCACGUCUUGCCGCCUGUUAGCCAGACAUUCGUCAAGAUCAAUAACGUCUGGGACAAGAUUUCGAAAGUCUUGAUCUUGAUCGUGGAUGCGGGACUGAACUGGUACUUCUUGAGGACCGUUAAGCUUAGACUUGUGCAGCAGCAUGGCCUGACAAAGUACGCGCCAUUGGUGGGGUUCAAUGCCAAGUUAAUGGUAGUCAGUAUUGCAAUGGAUGCCCUACUAAUCGGCCUCAUGUUCCUCAAAAACCAAGUCGUAUACAUCCAAUUCCACCCCGUCGCCUACAUGGUGAAACUCAACAUCGAAAUGUCCAUGGCAUCCCUCGUCGUCCGUCUCGCCCAAGGAAAACCGCAAAACGACAUGGACCCAGAGCAAUAUAGUUCUACGGACCCCAACUCGCAUUCCCGCUCAGCACAUCAUCACCGCUCCGGACAGAACGGCAAUCGCAACCACUCCAAUGCCAUACAACUAUCGUCCCGACCGAAGAAAGGCGUAUCGACGAUGGUGAGCUCGGGGCUGAGCAAGAUUGACAGCGACGAGAGCCUAGGAGGUAUUGAGUGCAGGACGGAUCUUAAUGUCGUAGUCGAAGAUAUCAAGACCGCAAAGGAUUUUAGCGGUGAUGGAAGUUCACGGAGCUCGCAUGAGGCCCCACAUUCAGUAUUCGGGGAUGAGACACCGCUGCACAAAAAUAGUGUACGGGUCAUGGAGAGACAGCUAUGA